GGCGCACCAAGGACAACUUUUUGAUCCGACCCUCGAAUCAUACCAACCGAAGAAGAUGGCUGAACUUGCUCCUGCUGCUGCCCCCGCUGCCGCUGCCGCCGUCCCGGCGAAAGCAACGAAGAAGAAGACGGUGGUGAAGGCUAAGAAGGCCGGACCCAGCGUGAGCGACCUGAUCGUCAAGGCGGUCACUGCUUCCAAAGAGCGCAGCGGAGUUUCCGUGCACUCUCUGAAGAAGGCUCUGGCCGCCGACGGCUACGACGUUGACAAGAACAACUCCCGCGUCAACACCACCAUCAAAGCACUCGUCAAGAAAGAAAUCCUGGUCCAGACCAAGGGCGCCGGUGCAUCUGGGUCUUUCAAGCUGAACAAGGAGGCCAAGGCGAAGAAGCCAGCAGCCAAAAAGGCUGCCGCCCCAAAAGCUAAGAAGCCCGCUGCAAAGAAGCCCGUUGCAAAGAAACCCGCCGCCGUAAAGAAGGCUACACCGAAGAAGAGCAAGAAACCCGCAGCCAAGAAGGCUGCUGCCGCAAAGCCCGCUGCCGCUAAGAAAGCAACUCCGAAAAAGGCGAAAAAGCCAGUCGCAGCUAAGAAGUUGGUGGUGAAGACCCCCAAGAAGGCAGCGAAGAGCCCCAAAAAGGCUGCCAAACCAGCCAAGAAGACGCCAGUGAAGAAGGUGACCAAACCCAAAACCGCUAAAAAGGCAGCCCCAAAGAAGAAGUAGAUGUUCCCGCAUGGGUUAUUUUGAACCCCAGCCCCACAAAGGCUCUUUUAAGAGCCAACCACACAACUUUAAGAGCCUUUAUUCUUGUUAAUUCUAAGCCGUUUGUUAUAUGCUCUUCAUCUAAUGCACUACCUCAUGAAUCGACCUUAUCUUCUGUUAUGUAGUGUAUCUACUUGAGAUCCAAUAUGUUACUUACUGGUAUUUACUAUACUAAAUAGCCUACAUAGUUAAUGUAUGAUAGCUGCCAACUACUUACUGUGUAACAAAACACGUAGGCCUAGUUAUCCUGCAUAAUUAAUAUUAAUAUAGUCCUUCUUAUUCGAAAAGUAAAACGCGGGAAUGGCAAAGGUCGUUUAUUUUAUGCCGCAGUCCCACGUUUUGACAAAAGGAGACUCGCUGAGUGGUAACGUGGUUCAACCAACACCUCGUCGUCAUAACAGGAGUUGACAUCUCGUGAUGGAGAUGUAUACAAUCGUACAUUUAUAUACUAUCCCUACAUAAAGGUCCGUCUCAACAUGUCAAUAUUGUGGGUAGUUCAUUAAAUUAAGUGAAGUUCGUCAUA